AAAGGAGAAAAAAAAAAACAGAGCAAGAGCCGCAACAAGUGGCGAUGGAAAUUUGAGUCUUGGGAGGCUGACCAAGAGAAGAACACGAGCGAAAACAAAGAGCCAAUAAUAUCAGUGGAGAAUGAGUGAAGAAAGAACCCACAGUUUUAAAUUUUGAAAACACACAGAGAGAGAAUGUGUGUGUGUGUACAGUGAUGGAAAGAAAAGAGAAAAGUGUAGAGAGUGAAGGGGAAAAUCAAGAUUUCAUGGCGAAAAAGUUGAAAGGCGGGUUGCUGGUAGGGAAAAGAGCUGGCCCCUCUACUCCUUCACCCAUUUGGCGACUCGAGUUCUCUCCUCAAAAUGCCACUACCCCAGAGUUCCUCCAACUUCCCAAUGGAUCUUCUGUUUCCGCCCGAAAACUCUGUGCCAAUCUUUGGGACCUUCACCCUCAUUACUCACUUCCCACUUUGCACAAACGAGCUUCCAAGCUUCGGCUACACCAUUUUAAACACAAGGGUUUUGAUGCUGCUGCUGAUCCUCCUCAUACUCCCCUUGAUCAGCCAGCAAGUGCAAGUAGCUUGAGGAAGCAUAGUUCGGCAUCACCGAUGCAACAUGCUCGAUUGGUUGAAAGAAAUGGCCAUGCUCCACAGCCUGUAUCUCUUGCUAGUUGCGGAAGCUCACUGGAGAUAGCGCCUUAUGACCCUGCGGUCGCUCCGUCUACUUCUUUGGAUUUCAAGGGAAGGUCUGAGAGAUCAAGUUAUAGCCUUAAGACACCAACGGAGCUGCUCAAGGUACUCAACCGAAUCUGGUCUCUUGAAGAACAACAUAUAUCAAACAUGUCGUUGGUAAAUGCUCUGAAAACGGAGCUGGGUCAUUCUCGGGGUCGGAUCAAAGAGUUGUUGCGAGAGCAGCAAACAGAAAGGCAGGAAAUGGACAAUUUAAUGAAGCAAGUUACGGAGGAUAAGUUCAUUAGGAAGAACAAAGAGCAAGAUAAAGUCAAAGCUGUCGUUCAGCUGGUGAGAGAUGAGCUGGAAAACGAGAGGAGGUUAAGAAAGCGCUCCGAAAGCAUGCACCGAAAGCUAGCUCGAGAUCUCUCGGGGCUAAGAUCUUCUUUCGCUAAUGCUUUGAAAGAACUCGAGAGAGAGAGAAAAGCACGAAUUCUAUUGGAGAACUUGUGUGAUGAGUUUGCUAGGGGAGUUAGAGAAUACGAACAGGAGAUGCGGUUCCUUAAGCACAAGCAUGAGAUCGAUCACGUUGAUGGAGAAAAACCUGAGCGGCUAAUUCUCCAUAUGUCAGAGGCAUGGCUUGAUGAGCGGAUGCAAAUGAAACUAGCCGAAGGUCAAACUGAUCUUGCAGAAAAGAAUUCCAUCGUUGACAAGUUAAGCCUCGAUAUUGAAACUUUUCUUGAAGCCAAACGCUCCCCCGGGUCAAGGAAAAGUGGUCCUAAAGGGAAAUGCUCACAUCAACAUUCUUUAGAGUCUUUUCCGUUAAAUGAAGCUGUUAGUGCCCCUCAUGGUGCAGUUGAUGAACAAUAUUCCAGUGAUAGCGAUUUGCAGUGUUAUGAACCCAAAAAACCAGUCAGCAGAGUUCUAAGCAAGGGGAGCUGUAAACUUCAAGGGGACAAUGCUUUAGUAUGCCAUGGUGAAGAAUUAGGAAACCGAAAUUCGAUAAGGAAAAAGGCACAGUCUCAGGAUGCCGUCAAGAGCAGUAAAUCUUGCAGUUUCCGAGGCCGGUUUGACGAACAAUUGGCUAAUGGAGAGACUAGCCAUGAUAACAAGGUGAAACGGAACGGGAGCCGUGGACUGUGCUCUAUUAAUGUGCUUGAUAGCUUAAUCAGAAACCAUUCCUUGUCCUCAGAAGGUGACAAAGUACAUCCUGAGUGUAGUUUGAGGGAAGACUCGUGUGUUCAAUCCGUAUUCAAAGGUCGUGCUAGUCCAGUUCAACAAUGGGUCUCGAAGUUGUCGUCUCCCGAUUUCAAGAAAACAGAUUCUUGCCUGACAUUGCCUCCGGGUUUUAAGGAGAACACCCUGAAAGCAAAACUACUAGAAGCAAGACUAGAAGGCCAGCAAUCUCGUGCAAAAGCCGCAAAGGGCUCGACGUAGGGUUGAUGUUAAAUGUGGUUGGUUGAGACACAACAUGAUGGAAGAUCUUCCCAGAGACCGAGACCGAGGAUUGUGAUUCUAGUUUAUUGUACACAAACUUUUGUUUUAGGCCUAUAAUAAUGGGAUUAGAUGUGUAAUGAGAAAUUCAAUGUUAUCCCAGCGAAGAACGCAUGCCCAUUUGUUUAAAGGAUGAUGCUAUGAUAUGAUGACGC